AUGGGGCGAGGUAAGGUGGCUGCGCAGUGUGCGCAUGCAGCUCUGGGUGCGUAUAGAAAAGCAAAGAAGGCAUCGGAAGCUGUUAUAGCAGCAGAGAUGCAGGGGGGCCCCCCUGCUGCUGCUGCUGCUGCUGCUGCUGCAACUUGGAAGGCAAUAGAGCGUCUUGCUUUGUGGCUGGACCUCUGGGAGCAGCGAGGCGAGACAAAAGUUGUCUUAAGAUUUCCUGAUGAAGAAGCAGGAUUAGAUAUUGUAAAGGCAGCAGCUGCAGCGGGCCUCAACGUCUGCUGCGUACGCGACGCUGUGGGAGUUAAGCGCGGCUGCCCGUCUGAGGUGUACGCACAGCAGCAGCUGUAUGCUGCUGCUGCUGCUGAUGCUGCUGCAGGACGCACACAAGUACCUCGAGGCUCUAUGACUGCUAUUGCUGUGGGGCCAGGUGAGCAAGCAGCAGCAGCACCACAUAGCAUAGACCCGCAACACAAGCUGCAGCAGCAACACAAGCUGCAGCAGCAGCACAAGCUGCAGCAGCAAAACAACCUGCAGCAGCAGCACAAGCUGCAGCAGCAACACAAGCUGCAGCAGCAACACAAGCUGCAGCAGCAGCACAAGCUGCAGCAGCAGCACAAGCUGCAGCAGCAACACAAGCACAAGCUGCAGCAGCAGCACAAGCUGCAGCAGCAACACAAGCUGCAGCAGCAAGACAAGCUGCAGCAGCAAAACAACCUGCAGCAGCAGCACAAGCUGCAGCAGCAACACAAGCACAAGCUGCAGCAGCAGCACAAGCUGCAGCAGCAACACAAGCUGCAGCAGCAAAACAACCUGCAGCAGCAACACAAGCUGCAGCAGCAACACAAGCUGCAGCAGCAAAACAACCUGCAGCAGCAGCAGUACCUGCAGCACCAGCAGGAUAUCAAGCUGAAGCACGCGCUGCAGCAGCAGCAUGAGCUGCAUCAUCAAAAGCUGCAGCAGCAGCAGGAUAUGUAG